GGCUUCUCUAUAGCGUUACUUUUUUUUAUGUUCAAUAUGCCAUGUGUUCUGAUUUGAUGUAUUCACACAAAGCUAAGUAAAAUAGUGUGAUUGAUACUGUUAUAUGAUUCAAAAGUUGAAAAAGUAUAAAACUAAAAUAAAUAAAAAUGACAAAUAAGAAGGUGAAGGCUUAUGUAAAAAGGAAACGUGUACCGGAGAGUAAAAAAAUUGAGGAACUAUGCUCCAAGUACAACACUAUAAACGUUACUAAAAUAACAAAAUUCAGCGAUCUUCCUUUAUCGAGGAUUACUCUGAAGGGUUUAACGGAAAAUAAUUACGUCGAUAUGACGGACAUCCAGAGGCAAAGCAUUGGCUUGGCUUUACAAGGCAACGAUAUUUUGGGAGCCGCAAAGACUGGCAGCGGCAAGACAUUGGCUUUUCUUAUCCCAGUUUUAGAAAUUUUAUACUGCAAACAAUGGUCAAGAUUGGAUGGUCUAGGUGCACUAAUUAUUACACCAACAAGAGAACUGGCGUAUCAAAUAUACGAGACACUGCGAAAAGUUGGUCGGUACCAUGACAUUUCAGCUGGUCUGAUUAUAGGAGGAAAGGAUUUGAAAUUUGAAAAGAAACGUAUGAAUCAAUGCAAUAUAGUUAUAUGUACACCGGGACGUUUGCUCCAGCAUAUGGAUGAGAACCCAUUAUUCGAUUGUGUAAAUAUGCAGAUAUUAGUGUUAGAUGAAGCAGAUCGUUGCUUAGAUAUGGGUUUUGAAAGGACUAUGAAUUGUAUUAUUGAAAAUUUGCCACCUAAACGACAAUCAUUACUCUUUUCGGCGACUCAGACAAAAUCUGUAAAAGAUUUAGCAAGGUUGAGUCUCAAGGAUCCAUUAUAUGUGUCUGUGCACGAAUACUCUGCACAUACCACACCGGAAAAUUUACAACAAAAUUAUAUUGUAUGUUCCUUAGAAGAUAAAAUGGCAAUGCUAUGGUCUUUUAUACGAAAUCAUCUAAAGCAGAAGAUUAUUGUGUUCUUUUCUAGCUGUAAGCAGGUGAAAUACAUAUACGAAGUGUUUUGUCGACUACGUCCUGGUGUCAGUUUAUUAGCUCUUUAUGGCACGCUUCAUCAACUGAAAAGAAUGAGUAUUUAUGAAUCAUUUUGCAAGAAGCAAUACGCUGUCUUAUUUGCCACUGAUAUUGCAUCUCGUGGAUUAGACUUUCCUGCUGUAAAUUGGGUACUCCAAAUGGAUUGUCCAGAAGACGUCAAUGCUUACAUACAUAGAGCAGGCAGAACUGCCAGAUUUCAAAGCGGUGGCGAGUCUCUCUUAGUCUUGUUGCCAUCCGAAGAGGCGAUAAUUGAAAAGCUUAAACAACGUAAAAUACCAAUAAAUAUGAUAAAAAUCAAUCCAAGCAAACUGCAGUCGCCACAUCGUAAGCUUGAAGCUUUAUUAGCACGAGAUGUAGCAUUGAAAGAAACAGCUCAGAGAGCUUUUAUAGCAUAUAUCAAAUCAGUUUUCCUAAUGAAAGAUAAAGAGAUCUUCAAUGUGCAUGCUUUAGACACAGAUUCGUACGCCAAAUCAUUAGGUUUAGCUAUUCCUCCAAGAAUCCGAUUCUUGCAAAGAAUACAAAAAAAAAUGUCGGUUGAUAAUAGCAUUAAGAUUGAAGAUGAAGAGACGAAUAAAAUUUCAAAUAACUUAGCAGAUGGCAGUGAGCGGGAAGAUAGCGGAGACAGUUCUGACACAAGUGAUAUCCCUGAUACUACAAAUAGUGAAAAGAAACAGAUUAAAAAGAAAGAUCUCGCUUCUCUUCAGUUUGACGAUAGCGAUGAUGAUGACAUAUUAACUAUAAAAAGGAAAAAUAUAGAUAUCGUUGAUAUACCAAUAACAGAGAAGGAUGAUAACAUUGCAAAUAAAAAGAAGCUUGUUACAAAGGUUGCACUGGCCAAAAAGAUACUCAGAAAGAACAUUAUACCUAAUAAGAAGACCACAUUUGAUGAUGAAGGACAAGAAUUAAUUGAUUCUACCAAAACGAAAAUGUCAGCAUUAGCUCAACAGUAUGAAAAUGAAGUGGAUUCUGGUAUUAAUAUUGAAAUAGCUAAGCAAAUCUUGCGUGAGGAGGAUCAGUUCGAUAAAAAAAGAUUCAGAGAAAAAAUUAGAGAAAAGCAUAAAGAGGAGAAGAGGAAACUGAAAGCUAAGAAAAUGAAAGCAAAUGAUGAAGAGGAGAAAGAUGCUUCUUCGUCUAAUGAAGAAAUAGAUGUAGGCAAUGAUGAUGUUAACGAAGAUGAAUCUGAUGAAGGUCCUGAUACCUCGUGGUUACCUGAUCCAGAUAAAAUAUAUGGCAAGCAACGAAAUACAGAUGAAGAAGUAUCGUCCGUCAACGAAUCGGAAGAAAAUGAAUCUGAGAAAGAAAGUGUAGUUCACAGGCCAUCCAAAAGAAAAUUGAUGACACAAGAGGAGUAUAAGAAGAUAGGGAAAAGACAGAAAGUAUCCAAUGUUAUUGAUUUACAGGCUGAUGAAGAAUUAGCUUUGCAACUAUUACAGAAUUAAUUUCAAGUAUUUCUUUAGACAUGUAAAUUUACAUUUUAUUCUUAUGAACGCGGCAUGUAUAUACACUUUACAAUAUAACCUUAAAGUAAUAAAGUGUAAUUUUACAUU